AUGGCGCCCAAAGAAGCUGAGGUCGAGCUUCAUGCUAUCAGCCGAACCCCCGAGUACGAGGAAUUCAUGACCAAGCUGAAGUCCUACCACCAGGAACGCGGCACGGCUCUAGAGGCUGAACCCAAGGUCGGACCGGUAUACCUCGACCUCCACAAGACCUUCACCCACAUCUGUGCGAACGGUGGCUAUGAUAAGGUGUCUGAUGAGAAGUUGGCUUGGCGCCGGAUGGCAGAGCAGCUCGGCAUCCACUCGUCCAACGUUGCUUCAACUGCCUUCUCGUUGAAGGAGAAGUACUACAAAAACCUUGCUGCCUACGAGAUCAAAUUCUUCCACGGCAAGGAGCCCCCGCCGAAGGACAUCUUGGAGGAUGUCUCUGCCAAGGGCGGUGGUCUCUUAUCCCGAACCAGAGAGAACUUUCGCGGCGCUAAGCGCGACAGCGGCACGGCUGCUGACUCUGCCGCAGCUUCGGGUGAUGAUGGCACCCCCACACGAGAGCGCCCGACUCCAGACGCUGCGCCUACAUCCAGUGUGCGAGCUUCUCGUGGCUUGCGCGAGGCACCACCCCAAAGAGUCAUCUUUCAACCCGACACAGGUCCCGCGAGGCCUACUCGUCAUGUCUCCGGUCAACAGCCGAGCCACCUCAACACCCCUACCCCGGGUGGUCAAUCAGGCAGUCAUCAUGGAACUCCGCAGCAGAUUCAGCACACUCCUGUGCCUCUCCCUCACCAGCCUAGAGCUCCACCGCGUGGACCUAGCGGCAGCUACAAUCCGCCCAACCCAGACAACACUUCGGCGUCCGUUGAAGCAUUCCUUCCGCGCUCGCUUCAGCCACAGAACCAGCAGCAUAUUCUUCCCAUGCGUCCUGUCGAUACACCUAGCAACAACCCGACCGAGUUUGCUCGCCGCCGACAGGUGGCGCGCUCCCUUCUGGAGCCUCCUCGCCGCAGUGGACCCUACCCUGGAGUUGGAUUCGAAGGACCGAAUAUUUACAUUCGCUGUUUAAUGGCUUUGCGCUCUGCCAUUUUCGAAGAGCAGCAGUUUGCGCUUUACCAUUUGGUCAAGAUCAGCUAUGAGCGUCAUGACAAAUUCAAGUUUGAAGGCUUUCCUGGCCUUAGCGAAGGCCUCGUCGAGAAGGUUCUGGAAAUUGGCAGCAUUUUUUACGACGUCAAGUGGAAGAUCUCCUGGGUCUCGCAGACUGCCGCCGACAACAUCGACACCCUUGAUGGCAAUGAGGGAACCGAAGAUAUCCUGGAACGCAUUGACACGUUGGAGGCAAAGCAAGUGAACGAACUCAUUGUGCCCGAGCACCUAUCUGAUCAGAUGGUACUCGUCAAUGAGGCUGCUUUGACGUUGAGGAACAUGUCGCAGCUCCGCGAGAACGCUUCGCACUUGGCUGACUUUCUACCGAUCAAAGACCUCAUCUGCAUUGUCUUGAGCCUCCCCAAGCAUGAGUGGUUGGUCGAGUUGAAGCAUCAAAUGUUGGACAUUGCAGAGGCAUUGACACCCUACUUGGAGAUUGACUCUCGAGAUCCCCUGUACAAGGUUCUCAUGAAGCAGCUGAAGGGCUCCGACGAUCGUGGUAUCAUCCUCACAGCUCUCCGCGCACUUGGACGUAUCUCGAUGAAUCUUGAGGCCACAAACAGGCUGGACAAGGUACCUACGGCUGUCUUGACCAAGAUCAGCGAGCUGAUGCUUCUCAACGACGACGAGCUGAAAGAUGCCUGCCUCGACUUCCUCUACCAGUACACUGCAGUUGUCGGCAACGUCGAUAACCUCGUCAAGUCUCUCAACUGCGAGCACCUGAUUCAUCAUCUUGUCCGCCUCCUCUCUCACAAUGCUAGGCGAUACCAGGUAGAGGAGCUUCUGAAGCCUCCAGUGAAGCCGCUCAUUGGCCAUGAGCCGGCUGCCAUGCCUGAAGAUUUGUUGCAGGAUCUAUUGAAGCUAGAGGAGCCUGAGAGAUGCAACCAGUGGGUCAAGUGUUUCUUUGAGGAGGUGAAUGACUCCUUUGUCACUCAAAUCGCAGCUUGGCAGGCGUAUCAAAAUGCCUUCAAGGCGGCGCUUCAGGCCAUCGAUCAAUCUCUGAUUACCCCGGCCGAUUUCAUAAGAAACAGCUGCUCAGUGUACAAGGGCUCCAAGGCUGAAGUCUGGGCUGGCACCGGAAACCCUGGCCAAGUCCAGCAGAAGUUCAUCAUCCGCGGAAUCCGUUGUCGACUCCGGCCUGUAGGUCUUGACGGCCAAGUCUUCCUCCGUUGUCUAUGGGACUCAGCUUCUGGUCGACCCAAUGAGAAGUGCGGUCAUUUCUUUGGGACCAAAGAGACCAUGUGGAACCAUGUCGUCGCCACCCAUCUCAAGUGGGUUCGUAAUGACAAGGGCGUCUUCGACAACAAGGAGGAAGAAGUCAAAUGCCAGUGGGCCGAUUGCACCAAGUACAAGAAGCCUACAAAGAUGAAGCUUGCCCUGAUGGGUCACCAUCUUCAAACCCAUUGCUGCCAGAUCUUCAACGGCAUCGCCAUCAACGAGAAGAAGGCACAAGCGGGACCUCAGCCGAGUGACAAUCUUGUGGUUCACUACGAGGAGACAGCCACGGCUCCCGAUGAGCAGAAUCCCGCAGCUCCUCCCCAAGCAGCCGGCAUUCCUCUCAGCGCGGUGCUGAUUCUUCGCAACAUUGCCCGCAAUGUAGUCAAAACGAGCGCUCAAGAGGAUCUGCUCAAGCAGCACGAGCUUGGAGGUGAGGCUGGUGGUUGGAAUGAGCGGCUGUUCCGCAAUGUUCUUCCUCGCCUCUACGAGAUCAUGACCGAGAAUAAGGUUCUGCGGUCCCACGUUUUCUCCCUCAUCGAGUUUGCCGAGUCGGAAAGAGAUCUGUAG